GUCAAUCGAACUCAACUUCACUCCUUUCGAGCGACAAAAAUGUCGGAUUCCAGUUCAGACGAAAGUAGUCAGGAAAGUUGGACUCCGUAUUCGGAGCGAGACGAGUGGAACGACAUCGCUCCUGUGUCUCAGGAUGAUGGGCCACACCCUGUGGUACAGAUCGCUUACUCUGACAAGUUUCGUGACGUGUAUGACUACUUCAGAGCUGUUGUUGACCGUAAUGAAAUCAGCGAGAGGGCCUUCAACCUCACUAAGGAUGCUGCAUCUCUCAAUCCAGCAAACUACACUGUCUGGCAUUUUAGACGUGUGCUGUUAAAAGGCCUAAAUAAAGAUCUGAAAGAGGAAUUACAAUACAUCACUCGUGUGAUCAACUCACAUCCAAAGAACUAUCAAGUCUGGCACCACAGACGUGUUAUUGUGGAAUGGUUGCAGGAACCUUCACAAGAACUUGACUUCACCGGUAAGAUCUUACAAGGGGACGCCAAAAACUACCAUGCUUGGCAACACCGUCAGUGGGUUAUACGAGAAUUUGACCUCUGGGACAACGAGCUGGAGUACGUUGAGAAACUGCUAAGGGAGGACUUGAGGAACAAUUCGGCGUGGAACCAACGUUAUUUUGUCAUCAACAAUACAUCGCAGUUCACCGAUGAAAUUAUAGACAGGGAGAUUAG